AUGGGCAAGAAGAGAGUUUUGAUCAGCUAUGGUGUCGACAUUGAUGCCGUCGCAGGAUGGCUAGGUUCAUAUGGUGGUGAAGACUCGACCAGCGAUAUCAGUAGAGUCGGUACCCAAAGAUUACUCAAGCUGUUCGACAAGUACAACAUCAAAGCGACUUGGUUCAUCCCCGGACACACACUCGAGACGUUUCCAGAAGAUUGCGCGGCGAUCAGAGACAAAGAUCAUGAGAUCGGAUUACAUGGAUACAGUCAUGAGAACCCAGCCGACAUGACAAUUGAACAACAACGCGAUGUGCUGGACAAAACAUACAAGAUGUUGACCGAGUUCUGCGGCAAGCCUCCUAAGGGCAGCGUUGCUCCAUGGUGGGAGACUAGCCGUGAAGGAGCGGAAUUGCUGCUGUCAUAUGGUAUCGAGUAUGAUCACUCGAUGAGCCACGAGGAUUGUCAGAUGUACUGGUUACGCACGGGCGAUUCAUGGACCAAGAUCGACUACAGCAAGAAGGCCGAAGAGUGGAUGAAGCCUCUCGUCAAGGGCGAAGACACAGGCAUUGUCGAGAUCCCAGCAAACUGGUACAUUGAUGACCUACCACCAAUGAUGUUCAUCAAGAAAGCGGCAAACAGCCACGGUUGGGUCAGCGCAAGAGAUGUCGAACAGCUCUGGAUGGAUCAUUUCGACUACUUCUACCGCGAGCAUGACGAAUUUGUGUUCCCUAUGACGAUCCACCCUGAUGUCAGCGGAAGACCACACGUGCUGUUGAUGCAUGAGAGAAUUAUCGAACAUAUCAACAAGCAUGAUGGUGUUGAGUGGGUGACGAUGGGUGAGAUGUCGGACGAAUUUAAGAAGAAGAAUACGCCGCCGCCGAAUGCGCUGAUGCCGGCGACGAGAGAAGAGGUUGAGGAGAUGCUGAAGAAGCAGAAGAAGUGA